GUUUGCAAUUUUGCUUCCGCUAUAGAGACGGCAAAACUGACGAGGCGAGUCAAAAUGCAGUGGGUAUCAGUAUCAUUGCUGUUAUGCUGUGGACUCGUCCAAGCGUGCAAGAACACUGAUGGAAUCGUGUUCUUGGAACGAGGCCAACGAGGGGUCGUGCCCUGUCCUCUCGUAGAAUCCUGCAAAAUCCCCAGUGGAUACAUGUUAGCCAUAUACUGGUACUAUGGCUCAACAAGGGACACAUCCUUGCUCAUCUCGCACUUCAGGGGAAGAGUGGCUCCUCAAAACGGGAUCCCAGAGGGCGUCUAUGAUAUCGACAAUGAGUUCAGUCUCAUCAUUGAGAACGUCACCGCCUCCAAUGAGGGAACCUACUACUUUCAGGUGACACUGCGUUCGAGAAUAGUAGAAUCAGGAAAGGUACAGGUCUGUGACAAGGUGUCCCCGAGUCGUCCAUAUCCUACCGUCAUCGGCUGCAAUCAAGACCACGACGCAGACACGUGUGAGGUGAGAGUACGACACGACAGCACGGUGCGUUACCUGAUCUGCGUCAUGGAGCAGGUCAAACCUGCCGUCCAAUUGAGGUGGAUCCGUCUGUUUCUUGGCGGACAGACGGAACUCAGCGCCUACACAACUGUCAGGCCUGUAGUUCUACCGGCCUACACGGGGUCGUCUUUGAGAAACAACACCUCUUCAACUUCAGCAUCAGUCCACUUGGCAAGAGUUGACGAUGAGGAAGUCUACGAGUGCGAGGCAGUGGGUGUCGCUGUAGGGAACAGUACUCGCACAAGGGUACGCCUUACCAAAACUCACCCCACAACGGUAACUCACCCCACAACGGCAACUCAUGACACAACUUACAAUAAAGUUCAGUUCUCCAAUAAUCCACAGACAACGCUUGAUUUGGCUCAUAAAGUAUCACCAACUACCCGCAAACCUCUCCGACAACCUUUAGGACAACCCGCGGCUGUGAUUGCGUUAGAAGUCCUAUUGUCAAUCAUUGUCAUCGCCAUCCUCAUUAUCCAAGUUGUAAAUUAUUUUAAAGAAGAAAUACAGCAGAGGACAGUUCACAUCGCAGACGAGGGUUGCGAACUGGGUCAGAUCUCCGGAGUGUAA